GACGCCCCUACUGCUUGCUUAAGUGAAGGGCAAUAUUUCCAUUAUGGUCUUAAAGAUGGUUUGACAGAUUUUCUUCAAACAAAAUUACAUUCACUAAGUUCAAAUGAUUUAGCAUUAAAUAUAAAUGUAGAUGGCUUACCAAUAUCUAAAAGUUUAAAGAAAAAUUUGUGGCCAAUUCUGAUAAAUAUUUAUGGUACAGAAUCUGUGUUAGUUGUUGGAAUUUUUGCCGGUAGUUCUCAUCCAAUAUCUGCUAAUGUAUAUCUAAAACCUUUUGCUGAUGAAAUGAAUGAUCUUAUUGCCAGCGGACUCCAAUUUGAUUCAAAAAAUUAUAAUCAUCAGUAUUUCAUAUAUAUAAUACAAACAGCUUAACUUUUUCAAAUGUUUUAAGUUCCCAUAUCCUAACCAAAAUAAUAAAAGUACUUUAUUUACAUAACUUUAAAUGUGAUUCACAUUCCUUUCUUCCUCUAGUUUCACAUAAUGUCCGCCAAUAAAUCAUACACAUACAACUCUCAAGAACCAAUAGCCCAAACAAAUACCGAUGGAGUGCAUUUGCAAUUUGAAACAUUCAUCAACGAAAACGGAAAUAACCACACUGGAUCCCACAUUUUUAGAAGCAAUUCAAAGCACCAUUGAUGUAGCUGUAUCCAAAUCUAUGGGAAGAAUCGUCGAGGAGGUAAGAAGCUUGCGGCGAGAUAUCGCAGAGUUGAGGAAUAGCAGAGACAAUGUUCCAUCAAAAAGGAUUAUGCCAGCGGAAGCUUUAAACACAGUGGAGCAAUUUAUGGAAUUGGAGAGUUUACUCCAGAAGGAUGAAGAAUAUGCUAAAUUUAAAUCGGAACUUAUGCAAAAUAUUAAAUACACAGGAGCGAAAUUCGUCAGAACAACUUGGCGCUCAUUGGUAUCCGAUGAAUGUGCUCAACAUUUUGCUUGGAGUGGAACGUCAGACAAAAAACCUAUGUCUUCUUACAUGAAGUGAAGGGCAAUGACACUGAAUAUAUAAGUGGCACCAAGACGAUUUUUCAGUUUGCCAAAAA